AUACAUGAUGUAGUGAAUAUAUACAUGUUUUUAAAUCGCACUCCCUUUCAUAAUCGUGACGCAGCCGGCACGUUUCGCUAGGCCUCGUCAGCUACAAAACCCUAAGCAGUGAAACUGAAUAUAACGCAUGCAGAUAUUUUCACACACCCGUCUCUAUUGAGUGUUCCUUGUCUGCUGGUCGCUGUGUGCAGACAACCUCUGCAGGCGGUUUGUAUCUUCCGCUUGAGUUCUUCCUGGAUUGUUACGAUUAUUUCUCACACACCGUAUGCUUUUAAAUAAAAGUGCUAAUGACAAGGAGAGUUUAAUUAAAACUUCAAGACGAGAUAAUUCAGGCUUGAUGGUUCUGUGUGGCUUUGCCGCCUAUUACAUAGCCUACCUCCGAGACGCCCGAAAACUGACUUUCCCGCUCCGUCCAGAGGUGGGUUUUUCGCUCUGGCUCGCUGGGGCAGGGGGUGGGAUGUUCAUCCUCUCUGGUUUCACCUGCUACUUCAGUCUUCAGGCCAUGCUGGCUAGUGACGAGAAAAGUGACGCUGCGGACAAAAACCAGCCACCCAACGUAGAAACGAUGCAUCCUGCCCAACACCCAAUAGGGAACUCCAACCGUCCGAAUGGCAGAAGCGAGACUCCGUUCUAUGAGGACAUGCCACGGCUUAGUGAAAAUGGUAUUAGAUCCUCUAGUACGAGACCGUGGCAGCCGCCACCGUAUCCACCCACAAACCCCGCCCAGAAGCUCGCAAACUGUAAUGUUUACACUACAACCCCGGGUAUGCAUUCCGAAGAGCUCUCUUUCUCUCCAAAAGACAGAGUCCCGCUGUCUCAACAAAAUAGUUUAUAUGAAAGAUUUCCAGAGUACCAUCGUCUUUCUUCGAGCCAAAACGAAAACAGAGCCAGGUACAGUCAUCUGAAUAACUCGCCAAGCUCCUUCGGGGAUCUCCACCCCCAGACCUCAGUACGGUCAUCCAAGAACACUGACACUUCUUUCCAUAUGAAAGGCGAAGCCCGAGCGGCCCCGCCACGUGAUAAUCCGUACUACCAACCAAACUCCCACUCAGUAUUUACUUCACGCAAUUAUUCCUCCCGAGAUCUGAACCCUUACCGCCAACAGUCCCGCAGUGGUUUCUCUCAAACGACUAAAAACUUGAACUUUUCUUCAUAUCCGUCCCCUCUACAUCAAUCAAACGCACUGCAUCGAUCCCGUGACGUGACUCUCCCUAAUAAUACUCAUUACUCACAUGAAAGAGAGUCUGCAGAUUCAGUAUUACUUAAGCCUUCGGCGUUCUUAUCACGGCAAACAACAGCUCGACAGGCUCAUCGGCCCCAGCCACCGCCCCCUUCUGGUGCCUCGAGCAGUGGCUUCUCUACACGUUCUUCUUACCCUCGCAGAGACCCUACAAACGGAUGGGUACUAGGUCACGAAUACUUCUGAUCGGUUUCCGUUCGUAUGCAUGAACAUAAUAUAUUGUCUUUAAAUCUGUAUGUGAAGCUUACCGAGUGAGGCAGACGACACACAACUUUGUCUCAGUACAAUUUAAAUUUCGGAAUUUGUCUCUACAUCCCGCCCUCUAUUCCCUCUCCUUUCCUGUUUCUCAACUCUCAGACCAAGUCAUUCCGUUCAAAUUUGGACUGGAAAGAUGGGACGUGGUAAAAACGGGGCUCUUAUAGCGGGAAAGUAGUCAGUAUAACUUAUAACAUCAUCAUAGAAUAUCUUUUUAAGCCGCAUUAGUGACACGUACAAACGAUUUAUUCACAACUGAUUUCUUGAAGAUAAGUUCGAUCUACAUAUUGGAAGUUACAUCUGCAAAGUAAAAUAAAGAAUGGCAGCAAAGUCCAGAAAACAAAUCCUGAAAAGACCUUAAGAUCUAGAUCUAGAUAUAUGAAUCUGUGUUAGUGUUGGGCAGCAGUCUACUUCAGUCCCCAUUCAUGGAAUAAUUUAAAAUAUUAUAUGUAGUCCUUCGGGUAUGACGUCACGACUGCCCUAUGUUAGCCCCAUGUAUGGAGUUGGGGCCCCAGAUAUGCAUUGUUAAUAGGUCAAGUACGUUCCGAACAGAAGGCUGAAGUAGAUUUUUACGAUGAACUGAAUCCGAAAAUGUGUUAGUCAUGGAACCAAUAAAAUGAAAUCUGAAUAGUUGGGCAAUUGAAUAAGAAACUCAUGAUUUCCAAGGAAACAAAUGUUGGAGAGAGCUAUACGAUUGAAUAUAUAUCAAUACGAAGACGGAGAUAUUUGGGAGAUGUUUUGAAAAUACCGGAGAAUACAAGAUUGUCCUUUCAGACAUGGUACUGGAGACCAAUAAAUAGGAAUAGAAAAAGAUGUACACCAACUGGCAGUUAUAAGAAUGCCGGUACAAUCAGGGAUGAAGCAAUCGCUUGGGAGCUAGAUGUGACAAAACUAAAAUAAGUGACCACGAACAGAUAAACAUGUCGUGGACUGCUCUCUGCCUUGAGUACCUGGUAGUUCAAGGACAAAGUAAGUAAGUAACUUUGUAAGGAAGCAAAUUUCCGAAUUAAAAAGACUACUCACACUUACAUAUUAUAUUUUGAAGGCGUUGUCAUCUCUGUCAAGGGGCGGUCAUCUUUUCGCUAAGGUCAUAUAAAACCUAUAUUAUUAUAUGUAUCAGCUUUUACAGACAAGCAAACUCCAACACAUGUAUUGCGCUCCGCCCUGUGUUUUCUUACCCCUAUUAGUAAUGACUUAUGUUCAGGUGCCAUAUAAUAUUGUUCUCCUACCGUGAUGCUUUUACCUGUUCUUACUAGAUCUAGGUCUUAUCGGCUGUUUGAGCUAAUUGCCGCCAGUGUUGAGGGUACUGCUAGCUCGUGUCGUCUUGGGAUUUUCCCUUGACUGCACUCCUCAUCUGCAAGGCUUAUGUAAUGUAACACUUUUGUAAAUUUCUGGCCAAAUAUUUUGUUUCUGUGUGAUUAAGAAUAAAGUACAAAAUGGAAAGUACAGAA